CACCGAUGUAACAUCGAUGAGUCGCCACAUGUAACCUCUAACCGAAAGAAGAAGAAAUGGGUGGAAAGACAAAACAAGCGCCGCGCACCAAAAAUAAUGCAAAGCCCUCGAGCAGCAGCCGCACAGCCGAGCUGCUGGGCAGCUCCACGCCCAUUUUCGUGGGCUUCUCGGCGCAGGCGGAUGGCGGUGGCCUGGUUCCAUUUGCUCCGGGAUUCGCCAGUGCCGAACAAAUGCCCGAUAGCUUCGAUGCGGCCAUCAGCCCCCAAACGCAGAUCAUUCUGCGCAAGCUGUCGAAGAAGGACCCCAUGACCAAGAAGAAGGCGCUGCAGGAGCUGCACGAACUGAUCGAACAGUCGGACGUGGAGGCCCUCAAGAACAUCCUGCCGCUGUGGCCCAAGUACUAUCUGAAUCUGGCUAGCGAUCCGGAGCACAAUGUCCGGGAACUGACACAGACGGUGCUGCAGUUGCUCAUGGCCAAGUGCAAGAAGGCGAUGGCUCCGUACCUCAAGUUGCUGGUGCCCGUCUGGCUGGGCAGUCGCUUCGAUACCUAUGCUCCUGCGGCCAGCAUCGCCAGCCAAUCGUUCCGAGACACCUUUGCGGGCAAUGCCAACCGCACCCGCGAGGUUUGCCUGCACUGCCAGGUGGAGAUCCUCGAGUACGCCACCCGCAACCUGACUUUCCACACAGCCGCCACUCUGUCGAUCGGGAAAAGUCUCACGCCGGAGGAGGCGGAACAGAAGUACCAGCGCGUGGUCAUCAGCAGCCUCAAGCUGUUGUCCUUCUUCCUGGAGCAAACGGCACAGACGGAGGAGCUCAGUCAGGUCAAGGAGGGAUUCGUAACCCUGGUGUCGCACCAGAAGUUCUGGAGCUUUGCCAAGCACAAAGUGCCGCCAAUAAAGGCCGCCUGGUUUGAGUGCAUCUAUCAUGUCCUGCAAUCUGUUGCCCUCUUAGAGGUAAUCUCGCCCCAGAAGUCGCAACUGACUACCCUCUGUUUCCAAUUUAUAGACGAUGCUGAUCCCGUAGUGGCUCCUCACAUUUGGGGAUGUGUUUUGCUUCUACAAAGUAACUACGAAGAUUGGUUUGUUCCGCUCAACAUUCGCAAGGCUCUCCUUCCCAAACUGUCGUCCCUGCUCCGCAAUGGUUUCAAUCGCAAUGCCCAGGCCAUCUGUCCCAAUCUGCUGCCAUUUCUAUCCAAGAUCACGCCAGACUCCCUUCAAGAUUUCGAUAUCUACGAGUUCUAUCAGCGCUUCUUUGACGACAUGAAACUGGCUGUCACGGAAAAGUUCGAUCCCCCGCUGCCCAAAUCCGAUUGUACAGUCAUUCACAACGCCUAUUUCGAGUGCCUGCGUUUCCUGCUCCAGCAGAUCAACAACAACAAGGAACGGGAUCAGAAAGUGGAGGAAUUCGCCUCCAGCUUACUGGAGAACAAUGUACUGGACCCCAUUAGUUGGCUGCUGAAGAGCGACAGUGCGCAUGUGAAGAUCUUCUUCCAGCACAGCUCUGCACUGGUAGCCUUCUGGGAUCGGCAGAUUAACCAAAGGCUGGACAAUGGUGGCUUGUAUGCCAAGUUGCUGAACCAGUUCUGGACACGCAUCUUCGAGCUGGUCACCCAUGAUCUGGCUGCUGAGGAGGUCAACGAGCAGCUGCUCUCACAUGUCUUGCUUUUGGUUCAGGAUCUGCACAUGGCUAAUCCUAGCUUGGAGUCUCCCAGUGUCAAGUUUGUGGAGGAGCAGGAUGUUAAGGUGGAGAAGAGCGAACCCACGACGCCAGUUAAAAAGGCCCAAGAAGCUGCGGCUUUUAUUCAAAAGGAACUGAAACAGUUAGUUGUGAAGCUGGUCAGGAUCUGCCUGGAGAAGGCUAAAAGCAGUGGGACAUGUAGUUCCUCUUCGCGUUACAUUGAACAGAUUCGCACCCUCACCAAAAUGUUCUCCGAUGCCGGCUUCUACAAGAGUUUAACCGAUGUCGGAGAUCUGGGAGCAGCGCUGGAUAAAUUUGUUUCACUGCUGGAACCACUGAAUGACGACGCUAGCGAACCUGUGCUGGAGAUUGUAUUUGAGAUUCUGCCACUGCUUGAGUCGGAGCCACGCUUUGGUUACAUUGAAAACACCCUCAUGAAGCUCCCACAACAUCGCGUGCAGAACCUACUUCUCCACCGAUUGCUUUCGUAUCCCCUGUGCACAGAGCCCGCCGUGAGGCAGAUGCUCAGUGGUCCGGAAACUUGUGGCGUGAUUGCGCGAAUAGCGGAGGAGGUUGUGUUGGACAAUGAUCGGGAGAAGCUGAACCUGCUGCACAAGUGCUUCUUCCAAACGGACUCGGGAGACAUACUCAUCAAUGCUGAAACUGUGGAUAAAAUACUGCUGGCCAUGUGCGGACCCCUGGAGCAGCCUGUUGUCGACGACAGGGUGGAAGUGUGUGGCAGCUUUAUUGCCCAGAUAAUGCCUGUGAUUUGCAGCAACGACAAUUCUUCGUUGCGCGUGCGCCAACAUAUCUUUCUCAAGCUGUUCCAAUUCAGUUUGGAGCAUCGGCCUGAGGAUUAUUUGUCGGAGGAUACUCUGUGGGAAAUCACCACCUGCUGGCAGGAUGCGCUGUCUAGUAAGGACAUCGAAAUCGAUAAUGAAAUGCUAAAUAGCUGUGCGGAAAUUGUGGAGGCUUUGGCGAACUCCGUCGAACUCAAAGCGGAUAAUCUGGAUGGCAUGGCGGAGGCAAUGGCCAAGUUUGUCAUUUGCUCGACGGAAAACAUUGAGGAAGAGAGCAAGCGCUUGGAACGCAUUGAUGAAACCAUAGCGUCUCUUUUGGAUUCCCCCCUCAAGACACCAGAAAAGGUUCAGAAGUUCGAGAACCAUUGUGUGCUCCUGGAAGCCUUGCAAGGAUCUGUCAGUGCGGGAGUGCCCUUCGAAAGCGCUUCCCUGGCCAAUGAUGAAAUCUUACCAUUACUUCAACGUUCCACCCUUAACUUUUCCACCAUCCACAAGCUUGUCUAUCAAUUCCCGCCACCGCAAAACCCAAAUGAUCCUGAAGAUGAGUUGACCGAGGACUACUGUGAUCCCAAUGCCGAUGUGCUCAAGAAUUGGAACGAACCCUUGAUUGCCGAACUGCUGCAGUGCAUUCGAGUGGCAGGCACUGCAGAGUGCUGGCUGGAAGUGUCGGAGCUGCCAUCAUCGGUGGAGGAACUAGUGCUGAUCCUGUCGGCGAAGGUUCAAAGCUUUAUGGGCAACAGCAGCGAUCUGGUUGGCAUAGUCAAGGAGCGUCUUCAGCAGGCUGCAGUGCAGCAGUGCAGCGUAAUAGGAUCUCGCCUUCUGAGCUACUUCACUUCUUGUCCGCAGUAUGCGGCUUUCGAAGAGAGUGCCUGCAUUUUGCUGCACGAGGAUCUCUCCGAAUCUCUGGUGACGCAGGGAGCACUCAAGACCUAUGUGAUGGCACUUCAGUUUCUGCUGCCAAAGCUUUCGCAAAAGGCUAUCAGUCUCAAUUCGGCCAUUAUGAGAACGGAACCACCCGAGAUUUGGGUUAAGGCAGCCGUCUUCCAUUCCCUUCUCCUGAACAACUUCGAGGCCGAGGUCAAUGAGCAAACAGAUCGCAAUAUCAUUGUAUCAGCCGUUCAGUUUAUGACGAGCAUUGGGGAAAGGCAAGCCAUCCAAAAGGAUUUACUCCAUUACAAUGUGGAAAUACACAAGCAACCCUACGAAUCAGUUAUCAAUACAGUGGAGUUUAUCAAAUUGCUUACCGAAGUUCUGAAACGGUUUCCCUACGAACUGGGCAUUAAGAACUGGGACGCCAUUCGCAUUGGUCUCAGUUCAUGGGUGCUAUCUGUUUCCAAAUCCAUUGCUCAGUUCAAUGAUCCAAAGACCUCUCUUUUUGUGGCGGCUGUUUAUCAAUUGUUUGCCGCCUUGAUUGAAUUCAUUCACUCCGAGAAACAAAAGAGUUCAACGGAAUUACUCAAAAACAUGAUCGAUGAAUGGGACUCUUUGUUUGCCAAGGAAGUCAAUGUGGUGCUCUUCAAGUCGUUUUAUCAACUAACUCACGAGGCUACUUUGGAGCCAGGAUUUCAGGCCUGCUAUGAGGCUCUACUGGAACGUCUAACACCAACUUUAGAGCUGCUGGAUUAUAGUUUUGUUUAUGCGUUCUGCAAGUCAAACAGCAAAAUCAGUUUGGACCACCUCUGCAAUUUCCUGUUUAAGCAGCUCUACAACUCCCAGCACUCACUGCGCUUGAGUGCUGUUCACUCCCUUCGUCAGUUAACGCCACACUUUGUGGCCGAUGACAUUGAAUUGAAUGAGAAACAAAGCGAGAGUCUGGAUACCACUACCUCGAUCUCCAAGUGGCACUUUCUCAAUCGUUUUGAGGAUUACCUGACACGCUACGAUAGCCUGAUACGUAAAUACCUGGACGAGUUCACUUUCAAGCUGACGGAGCUGGAGGAUCUCGAGGCCAUAGACAGACAUGAUGCACUAAGCUACCUUCUCCUAUGGGACUGCAUCAUCAAUGCCUGCGCCAAAUCUCCGGUUGCAUUGCGAGCUGUCUACACCAAUUGGCUACACGACAACAAAUACGAAGAGAAUUUUCUACAUUUCCUUUUCCGCGCAAUGCCAGUGGACAUACUUAAGAAUCACGGGGCCAAGGUGCACAGCAAUGGAGUCUACAAGGAGCUCACUUGGACACAGCUGAAGGAUCGUCAGUUGACUCUGGAGCGUUAUGUCUGCCAUCUGUACACGGAGGUGCUGCGCAAGCUGCCGGCUGUGGUGCGCAGAUGGUGGAACACCACCCAAUCGAGACAGAAGAACUUCGUGGACAACCUCACCACCAACUAUGUGAGUUCGCUGAUUUGCAGCGAGGAGCUCAAGGCGAUCGCCAAUCGCAAGGAGAAGCACGAGAACAUGCAGGUCACUGUUCACUCCUCCACCCGCGAAGUGCUGGCAGUAUAUGCCAUUGAUGAGGCCCGCAUGGAGCUGGUCAUAACCUUGGCACCCAAUUAUCCAUUAGGAGCUGUAAAAGUUGAGUGCGGCAAGCAGAUCGGUGGACGAGCCUCCUCCCGAAAUGUGGGAAUGCAACUGACCAUCUUCCUGACACAUCAGAAUGGCACCAUUUACGAUGGCCUGACCAUGUGGAAAAACAAUCUGGACAAGAAGUUCGAGGGCGUUGAGGAGUGCUAUGUUUGCUAUACCGUCAUCCAUCAGGACACUUGCCAGCUGCCCAAGCUCACGUGCAAAACCUGCAAGAAGAAAUUCCACGGACCUUGUUUGUACAAAUGGUUCACCACCAGCAGCAAGUCCACUUGCCCCAUUUGCCGCAAUGUCUUCUAGAUGGAGUAUAUAUAUAUAUAACAUACAUAGGAAUGUGUAUAUAUGUAACAGCUAAAUCUUAGUUGACAACACGUAUUAUGCAAAAGGCACAACCAAACCAUUCGAUUUAGGCAAUAGUUUCUGGUCUCUCAAAUUGUAAAUCAGCAAUAAUAAUAAAUUCGUACAAUGUUUAAA